GAAUCUCAACUGAAGCGAGCAUAUAGUUUGUUUUCGUUUCAGUUGCCGGGGUUGUUGGAAGGUUUUUAUUUUUAGAUUGUGAAAUUGUGGAGCUUAUAUACUGUCAAGGAUGGAACAAGCUGAAAUCAACCCAGAAGAUGAUCGGUUAGUGGCCGAGAUGGUUGCAUUGGGAGAAGAUGAUACCAAUGAGCCAGAGGACCUAGAUGAGGAGGAAAUUCCGAUGACAUCCAAGCAGGUGCUGGAUACGUUACAGCGGGCAUGGGUGAAUGAAAAGUUUGCCGUUCAAAUUCUGCCGUACGAGGAAGCUAUUGUGGACAUGGUAAUGAGCCAGCUUGUGUACAUGGAAGAAAAUUUAGCCAACACAAACAAGAAUGAAAUGUUAUACAUAGCUCAUCGGAUGGAAGUUGAACGGAUUAGGUACGUGUUGGCUAGCUACCAUCGCUGUAGGUUGCAGAAGAUCGAAGAGUAUGCGUUUCAUAUUCUCGACGAGGAAUCCAAGCGAUCGCCGGACAGUAAGAGACUUUCCCCGGGAGAGCUUCAGUUUGCAACUGAUUUUUACAAAGGUAUCGAAACGCAUUUUUAUCAGUUAGCGGUUAGACAUAUUCCCCAGAAUCAUCAGGAUGAUGAGCAUGUGCGAAAAGUCGUUCCCAACAUCGACAGUCACGUGUUUAUUCGCGCGAAGGAAAAUGUCGCCGAGUUUUCGAUCAGUGCCGAUCACGAGACAAUCAACAUUGCUGCGGGUUCGAUUCAUAUGUUUAAGUACCGCGAUGUGGAACCACUGGUGUUAGAAGGGAUUGUGGAAUUAUUAUAGGAUAAAAAAUAAACACUACGUUUAGGAGUGCACGUGAUAGUUCUAGUACUGCACUCACCUUGAGAUAUUUCGUCAAUGCCAUGGCAACGAAAUGUUUGGCUCGUUGUUUUUGUAUUUUCUCAUUAAGCUAACAAAU